CCCUUCACCCCAUGCUCCAAGCUCACGUCGCUUCUCAUCUCUUGAAGCACCGCCUCCGCCUCUUCGUUCAAUUCUUCCCCGCUGCAAUUGCUCCAAGUUUCACCAAAUUUGGCUCAUGUCCGCGAUCAUGGCCACCGCGGCCUUUCGUAGCCCUUCUUCACACAGGGAUUCGCAGCAGGAGAUGAUCGCAGGUGUGGAGCAAGAAGUAAAAGGGAAGGUGAGUCAGGGCACCAGGAUGAAGGAAAUUGGUCAUGGCGAUGGCGAGAGCGGGAGGGAGAGCGAGGAAGCAAAUGAGAAUUCGAUGGAUGUGGCAUUGCGGGACGCGGGUUUGGUAGGGCAUAUUGUGCAGGCUUUGGAGAGCGAUGUGGACCGGCAUUCCGCGGCGUUAGUGUGCAGAGUGUGGAAUGAGGCCGUGGCUUGGGGCGCGCACAAGCUUGUGGUGAGGUGUCGGAAGUCGCUGGCGAAGCUGGCGCUGCGAUUCUGGCACAUUACAGAUUUGGAUUUGUCCAAAUGCACAAAUCAGCUGGAGGAUCGGGACCUUAAGGUUGCCGCGGCGGCAUUUUUGCGGCUGAAGUCAUUGCGAAUUGGGCAUGUUGAUCAGAUGAAGUGUAAGGUGACGGAGGCGGGCGUGAUGGCCUUUGCCGAGAGUUGUGUGGAUUUGGAGCAUGUGCGAUUGUCUUCGUUUCCAGUAUUACGCGAUGGCGGAUUGAGUAUGCUUAUUCAGAGGUGUGCUAAGUUGCGUAUGUUGCACCUAGAGAGUUGUAGAAGCCUAGGAGACGAGUCCUUGGAGGCUAUUGCGGGGUGUCGUGAGUUGCAGGAGCUCAGCUUAAGAGGAGAAUUUAGGUUUACGUCGUCGGGUUUAGCGGUGAUUGGUGCCAAGUGCGGAGAAUUGGUGAAAUUGGUGCUAGAGCUCGGCGCCGUGAAUAUUGACCCGGUUUUGAAGUCUGUCGCUCAUGGCUGCCACAGGCUUCGAGAUGUAUCACUCAAGUUUAAGACUGCAAAGCUGCGGGAGCUUUCGCUGUGCACAUCUCUUCGUUCACUGGCUUUUGAAAGUGAUGAAGAGGAUAGGUUGGAUGAGGCUGUGGUUGCUAUCGCAACCUCCAACAGUAAUCUAAUUGAGCUUACGAGUGUCAAUCGGCUCAGCGACUUCGCGGUAACUACAGUGAUUCUGAAGUGUCCAAGGCUACAAGCUCUGCACCUGGACGCAAUGAAUGUUACGGAGGGUGUUUUACCCUAUAUCCAGCAGUGCAAAUUUCUUUCAGAUCUUUCUCUUGAUAAUUUUCAGAGCACUGGGCAAGGGCUUGCGGAAAUCGGGCUGUGUGGACUAGAUUUUAAGAAGUUUUCUCUUUCACAUGCCCGGGGAGUCCGAGAUGUGGAAUUGGAAAUUCUGAUUCAUGGUAACGUGCAACUGGAGCAGUUGAACCUUCGAGGCUGUGUUGGCCCUACUGCAAUCGGCUACUCUGGCAUUGCUUUGUGCUCUAAUUUGCGGCAUCUUGAUUUAAGUUUCAGUACGGUGGAUGACUUGAGUCUCAUCAGCAUAGCCAGUGGGGUGCAAAAUCUUAAACAACUGACUAUUGUGAAAUGUGAGGGCAUUACUAACAUGAGUGCUGUUGCUCGAUUCACUGCAUUAGAAUCUCUUACACUUGAUCAUUGCUCCUUCGUUACUGACGAAGGACUUGAUAUCUUGUCUCGGAAAUGCACCCGGCUCAUGCAUCUCAGCUUGGCUUUUACCAGAGUCACAGACGUUGGUUUGGACAAUAUAAGCAAGUGUGAGAUGCUACGAAGCUUGAGAAUACCUUAUUGCAAAGGUGUGCAGGGAGCAGGAGUAGUUAUUGUAGCCAGGACUUGUGGAUGGUUUCAACACGUCGUAAUGAGCCAUCGAUUCCAAGGGUCCCGUACUGCAGAUACGCUCAAACAACUUUGUUGCACUGUGCGCUAUGAAAUGGAUGAGACGGCCCUAGUCCCUUUUGAUGGGAACCUUAUUUUUUUCUGAGCAUUUGAACUCAGCAACUAGUCCUUGCAACUUCUUUGUAACGUGCAGAUCAGUUUAGCUAAACAUGAAAUGUUCGUUAUCAGAGACGAGUUUUUUUUUUUUCUUUUUUUUUUUUGAUCUGUUCUGUUCUGGAGGAAUUUUGUCGUACUAUAUGAUCACUUGUAUGUUGCAACUUGUGAUUUAAUUCAUGUCUUUGAACAGGUUGUAGUCUUAUUCAACGUUAA